GUUGUGCCCUUCCAUGUGACUCUUCUAUAAUAUGCCGAGAUAAUAAAAAAUUCUAUUAAAUAUGCAUCUAUCUAUAUAUAUAAAAGGAGUCUAGUGUAUGGAAGUUUAUGUGAAAACGUGUUCUGAAUCAUCUAGAGAGAGAGAAAAGUAACAGUCUCGGAAAUCGAGAGAGAUCUAACGGUACCGUUUUUAUUUAGAGAGAAACGCCUUUGAAGAGAUUGUUAUUUGUUUUGUUGGUCAUCUUUGAUAAGAAGAAGAAGAAACAGAGAAGCUAAAGAGUUUGAAAACGACGGCGUAAGAGUAUCAGAGAGAUUGAGAGAAAGAUAGAUAUGGCGAUGAAAGGCUAUUUGGAUGAGUAUGAAAAGCUUGUGAUUAGGAUGAACACCCCAAGGGUCGUUAUCGACAAUGGUGUUUGUUCUUCAGCGACAAUCGUCAAGGUUGACAGUCCUAGAGGACAUGGUAUAUUGCUAGAAGCAGUACAAAUCCUCACCGAUUUGAACCUCUCCAUUAAAAAAGCUUACAUUUCUUCUGAUGGAAGAUGGAACAUGGAUGUUUUUCAUGUGACUGACUUAAACGGAAACAAAUUGAAUGAUCAGAGCGUCUUGAGCUACAUUGAACAGUCGAUUGAAACGGUUUACUAUGGAGAAAACAUUGAAGUUAACGGUCUAACGGCCUUAGAGUUAACCGGAACGGACAGGAUCGGUUUACUAUCCGAGAUGUUUGCGGUUCUCUCUGAUCUCAACUGCGAUGUAGUUGACGCUAAGCUAUGGACACAUAACGGUAGAGUUGCGUCUAUGAUCUAUCUCAAAGACUGCAGCUCAGGAUCGCCUAUUCUCGAUUCUCAUCGCAUAUCCAAAAUCGAGGGACGGUUAAAGAACGUUCUGAACGGCGAUAAUGACGUUAAAUCCGCUGCCAAGACUUGUGUUUCGGUGGAUAUGAUGACGCACAUCGAACGCAGGCUUCAUCAGCUUAUGUUCGAAGACAGAGACUACGAGAAGAGAUCCAAGAAGCAGGAGAGAUCUCCUAUGGUGGUGGUGACGGUUCAGAAUUGGGCUGAGAGGGGUUACUCGGUGGUUAAUGUUCAUUGCCGAGACAGGACUAAGCUUUUGUUUGACGUGGUUUGCACGUUAACCGAUAUGGAAUAUGCCGUGUUCCAUGCGACUAUCAACACAUCUGAAGACCAAGCUCAUUUGGAAUUUUAUAUCCGGCAUAAGGAUGGAUCACCUAUAAGUUCAGAAGCAGAGAGACAAAGAGUGAUACAAUGCUUAGAAGCUGCAGUGGAGAGAAGAGCAUCUGAGGGUGUGAGAUUAGAGCUGAGGCAUCCAGACAAACAAGGUUUACUAGCUGAAGUUACACGGACGUUCAGAGAAAACGGUCUGAAUGUUACAAGAACAGAAAUAUCAACGAGCUGUGGCAUGGCAACA